AUGGUACCGUACCGAAUUCCAUCUCAGCUCCUCGUCGCCCUGCCUUCUCGUACAGCUGUCGCUUUCAUUCGAUCUCCACCUGUCCCCAAUCACAGGCGAACAACUGUUGGGUGGGUCGCAUCGUUUCUCAUUGGCUCGCUCCUGGGAGGGAUUUUAACCGCAAUCAUCGUUCCUGCCGUGACAUCUGCUGACGCUGCCAACGUGGCUGCUGAUGCUGUGGCGGCUGACGUGGCUGCUGACGUGGACGCUGCCAGCAACGCCACGUGGAGAGGUGACGUGGCAGGCGUUCAGGCGGAGGCAGAGGAGCUGCUGGUGCAAAACACGGAGCUGCGGCGUGCUCUGGGGAAGCUGCGGCAGACGGUGAUGCUGGAAGCAAGGACACGCAUGGCUCAGCUUAAGAGCAUCCUCAAGGUGAGCAUUCUCAAGGUGAGCAUUCUCAAGGUGAGCAUCCUCAAGGUGAGCAUCCUCAAGGUGAGCAUUCUCAAGGUGAGCAUUCUCAAGGUGAGCAUUCUCAAGGUGAGCAUCCUCAAGGUGAGCAUCCUCAAGGUAAGCAUUCUCAAGGUGAGCAUCCUCAAGGUGAGCAUUCUCAAGGUGAGCAUUCUCAAGGUGAGCAUUCUCAAGGUGAGCAUUCUCAAGGUGAGCAUUCUCAAGGAGAUCAAGUUGGUGCAGGACCAGCGUGCUUUGACCUUCUAUGUGGACGACAGGCACCUGCCAUCGCCACCACCAGAGCUGAAGGAGAUUGCUGCACUGACUGCCAGGCGGCGGCCGGAUGUGGAUGCAAAAGAGGAGGAGCUGGUGGCGAGAGCGCAGGUGCGGGUGCUGUCUCUGCGCGAGGAGAUAGAGCGAGCCGUGCACGCUGACUUGCGCCUCAGCUACUCCCGCUGCGCUGCUUCUCUGCAGCACACCCUAGAGGCCCAGCAGGCGCACACACAAGCCAUGCAAGCAUACAUGGCAGCGCACACCACACUCGCCCUCCGCCUCACGGCUCUGUCAGUGCUCAAGCAGCCAGGCAGCGCGGAGAAGCUGCGGCGACUAAGGGAGCAACCCAGCCUGCUCUCCUCGCCUGCUGCUAGAAACGCCUUCCUCUCCUCCCUUGAUGCACCAGUGCUCAAGCAGGCGGGCAGUGUAGAGAGAGUGCAGCGCCUGUGGGAGCAUCCCAGCCUGCUCUCCUUGCCUGCUGCUAGAAACGCCUUUCUCUCCUUUGAUGCACCAGUGCUCAAGCAGCCAGGCAGCGCAGAGAAACUCCAGCAAUUGGGGGAGCAGCCCAGCCUGCUCUCCUCGCCUGCUGCUAGGACCACCUUCAUCUCUUCCCUUGAUGCGCCUGGUGAGUCUGCUUGCACCUUUUUCACUGGAGCACACGGCUCUAUCAGUGCUCAAGCAUCCUCUUUUGAGUCGACUCAAAAGCGAGCACACGGCUCUAUCAGUGCUCAAGCAGCUGCGCAGUGGAGAGAAAGUGCAGCGCCUGAGAGAGCAGCCCAACCUGCUCCACCACCCACCCGCAUUGAGGUGGUUUGUGAGGCGCCUCAAAAACCACCUCAACGCAGCGGAGAGAAAGUGCAGCGCCUGAGGGAGCAGCCCAGCCUGCUCCACCACGCACCCACCCCCUCCCUUCAACCCUUCUCCCCUUCCCCUCGUAUGCCCAGCAGAAGUAUCACUGUGGGCGGAUCUCCUCUUAUCCGCGUCCCACUUCCCAUCUGUAUUCCUCUCUACCGACCUCCAUCCACCACAGAAGCAUCACUGUGGUCAGACCUUCUCUUCUCUGCAUCCCAUUUCCCCUCCAUAUUCCUCUCCACCGACCACCACCCCUCACGCAUCUCAACCAUGCAAAGCUUAGCUAACACCCAGAACGGCACGGUCCUGGCACUUAAACUGCGCACCGACCACGCUGCUGCUGCCGUGAAGGAAGCCAAGGGGAAGCUUCCUGAGCUGUGCCACGUCAGCAGCUCCUGGGUGAGCCCCGAGGGUGCUGACGUGUCUCCUUGCACUCUGGCCAGUCGAAUAUCAGAAGAAGAGGGGGAAGGAAAGAACAGAACAAGCAAGAGCAGCGGAGGGACAGAAGCAGGAGCAGGGACGGAGACUGACCCUAAGAAGGAGUCAGGCCCCCUGUCAGGGCCCUUAGCACCCUCUGCUCUGUGGCGACAACCCCUUUGGGACCUCUCCUUCCCCACCCAUCCUUCCGCGUUUCCCGCCUUCCCUCACUCCUAUGCCUUCGAUUCUCCUGCCUCCUCCCCGUUCUCCUCCUCCCCCUUCUCCUCCUUCUCCUCCUUACUUUCGUCGGCGUCUCAAUCGCCGGCUACAGCUGGCUCAUCUGUAGCAGAGCAAUCCACAACUGCUACAGAUGCUGCUACAGCUGAUGCUCAUACCCACUCCCAUUCAGCCGAAUCCCCAGGUUCAUCCAGCGCCAGCUCACUCCCCGAAUCAGCCACGUCAUCACCUGCCACGUCAGCAGCUGCAGUGAACAUCUCCUUCCUCAUCUACACAUCGCCGCCCACCACAGCCGCCCUGGAUCUCGUCUCCAAGCUGUAUGAGUGCACGCAUGGGCGGCUCAGGGCGGGCAGCAUAGGCGGGCGGCUGGGGGGACUCACAUCGGAAGCCCUUGUGUUACUAGAUGGUCCCUCCAUUCCCCUGCACCAAGCCUCUGCCAUGGUCCGCCGUGGGAAAACCGCUGGUGGGAGCGGCAGUGGGGAUAAGAGCAGCAGCAGCAACAGCAGCAGCAGCGGCGGUGGCAAUAACAGCACCGAAGGCAUACCAAGCACAGUGCCAGGGUUUGAGAAGUACUACAACCCUGCAGAUUGGAUCCAAGCCACCCGCCGAACCGCUCCAGGUUCGUUCCUCACGCACAUCCUCGCGCCAUCCCGUAUGGGCGCCGCCCGAGCCUACAACCUCCUCUCCCUCCUCGCCCGCGGCUCCGUCCUCAUUCUCCUUGCGGGCGGCGAUCUGCCGCCCGACUCCUGCGACUGGGCGGCGAAUCUCGUCUCGCCUUUCUCGGCAUGGCCCCGGCUGGGAAUCGCAGGGCAUUCGAUGGGGAAGAUGGGGCUGAGGAACGUUCCAGGAAGCCUGCAGCUGGGGGAGUUGCGGAAUGCGGGGGAUCAGUUUUGGAACAGACUUAGAGAUCCGGUUACAGGGGUGAGGAUGAGCUUUGUGUUGGGGACGGUGACAGGGCCAAUGGCGGCGAGGCGAGACGUGUUUGUGAAGGUGGGGGGGUUCAGUACAAUCGACGGAGGUAUAGAUGCACUAUCGGACUGGGACCUCUGCCAGCAUGUGUGGCUCUCUGGCCAUCAGCAAGAUGCAUUCGUGGCUUCAUUCCAUGACCUGCUGUGCCUCGUCCUCCCUAUAACAGGCUCCGAUAGUAUCCCCCAAGACCCAUUCCGCCGGCAGCGCCACGACUCCAUCGGGGGAGGCAUCCCUGGCGCGGGGGGGAUGCGCCAGAUGCUCACUCCGGGCAGCGCCGCCGCAGCAGCCGCCCGGCAGCGGCGCAUGUCCGUCCAAUUCGCGUCAGGCUUCUCAAAACCCACGGGAUUGCAGCUGCCAGGGACUGUGGGGGGCCAAGGGGGACCCAUGACCCCUACCGCUGGUGGGAACCCCACUACUGCAACCAAGAAAGUGCAGAAAUCUAUGAUGAUGUCGGAAACGCAAGAAGCACAAGUCACGGUGGACCAAAGCCUGGCAGGACGUGCAGGACUUCUUUCAGCCCAUCAGCAUGCUGUGGCAGCCACGGGGCAUCCUGAACCCUCUUCCCCUGCUCUCUCUCCCUCACCCUGCUCUCUCCCCACCCAGCCGCCAAAGCGCAAAAAACGCAAGUCACGGUGGACGAAGGCUUGGCAGGACGUGCAGGACUUUUUUCAGCCCAUCAGCAUGCUGUGGCAGCCGUGGGGCAUCCUGAACCCGCACUCUAAAUUCAUGGCGCGGUGGAACAAGGUGUUCAUGGUGGCGUGCAUCCUCGGCUUCACCAUCGACCCCUGGUUCCUCUUCACCCUCCAGGCGCUCUACCAAGUGGCGCCCCAGCCGCAUAUCCCCUCCUUCACUGUGUACGUGGAGUCAGCUCAAGCCAUCCUUCCCCACCCUGUCUCCCCCCCCCGGCAGGCCAUGCUGUGCCUGACUCUGGACUGGACAGCAGCCAUCACCUUCACUUCUUUUUGGGUUGACUCAACUCAAGCAAUGUCCAACCCAUUGAGUCGACUCACAGACCAUUCUCUCCCACCCCCCACCGUGACCCGCCAGGCCAUGCUGUGUCUCACUCUGGACUGGACGGCAGCCAUCACCUUCACUGUGCUGCGCUCCUUUGUGGACCUCUGCUACGUCAUUCAGAUCGUCGUUCAGUUCCGCAUGGCUUACAUAGUGCCGCCUCCCACCAACCGCAAGAACCGCUUCUUCCGCCGCUGGUGGGCCGACCGCUCCCUGCAGAGCCCGGGCGACCUCGAGUUCGAUGCACGGGUCAUCGCCAGCCGCUACCUGCGCUCCUGGUUCCUCAUUGAUGUACUGGCAGCGCUGCCCAUCCCCCAGGUGAGGGCUACCACCCCACUCGGUGCUGCCUCUCUGUUCUCCCCAGGUGGUGCCUACCCCUGUUCUGCUCACCGCACUCCUGCAGAGCCCUGGAUAGUGAUGCUGGUGAUAGUGCCAAUGAUGGGUCGAUCAGUCCCCUCCAACACCGGAGUCGCCAUGACAGUGCUCUGCCUCGCAGCCCUCUUCGCUCAGAACGUCCCCCGGGCCAUCCGAUUCUUCCCCAUCCUCUCGGGCAACGCGCCGCAUGUUACCGGGCUCGUGUUUGAGACGGCAUGGGCGAAUUUCCUCCUCAACUUUGUGUUCUACCUCAUGGCGUCCAACAUCGUCGGCAGCAUGUGGUACUUCCUCGCUGCCUCGGUGACACAGCGGCAGCUGGGGGUGCGGCAGAGGCGGCAGCAUGAGCGCAUAUAUCCCCAUCCCUUACCUGUGUUCCACUCCCUCCUUGCACCCCGUCUGCACCCUUUCUGCACCCUCUCUCAACACCCGCUUCCCCACGUACACCCCAUAUAUCCCCAUCCCUUUCCUACACUCCCUCCCUACACCCCCUUUCCCAUGCCCUCCUGGCAGCGCUUCACCACGUGUAUGGCGGGCCAGUGUGCCACUCAGGGCGACGCCUGUCAGCCCGAGUACAUGUACUGUGUCGACCAAAACGCCAUCGCCUACCAGAACACAGCAGCAGAGGCCGUGUGGGCUACCGGGCCGGCCAGCGCGUGCCUGGUGGCAGACACACCGGGCAGUGACGCCCCGCCCUCCCCCAUUGAUUAUGGCAUCUUCACCAAUGCUGUUCCGCUGGUGGUGGAAGGGGCGUUCCUCUCCAAGUACAUCUACUCCUUCUUCUGGGGCUUCCAGGUGCGUGUCAGUUUUUGUUGCAAGGUCACCUCGUUCCUCUUUAACCAUGUUCACCUCUUCUGGGCCUCACAGCAAGUGAGCACGCUAGCAGGCAACCUGGAGCCGUCGAGGUGGGAUCCCGAGCAAGUGAGCACGCUAGCAGGCAACCUGGAGCCAUCGAGGUGGGAUCCCGAGGUGCUCUUUGUCAUCCUCGUUAUAGGGCUGGGGCUCGUGCUGCUCGCACUGCUUAUUGGCAACAUCUCCAACUUUCUGCAAGCUCUCAGUAGAAGGUCCUUGGAGUACCAGUUGCAGCGCCAUGGCAUCGACCCGUGUUGCUCCUCCCCUUCCUUUUCCCACCUUCCUCUUUCGCCCCUCUUUCGCCCCUCUUCCCCCUCAUUUCAAUCCUUCAUCAGGUCCUUUGAGUACCAGUUACAGCGCCAUGACAUUGACUCAUGGAUGGAGCGACGCAACCUGCCUCUCAGUCUUCAAAAGCGAGUGCAGAAGCAGCAGCGGCUGCACUGGGUGGCGACGAGGGGGGUGGAGGAGGCGGAGGUGUUGGAUAAGCUUUCAGAUGACAUUCAGACAGACGUGCGCCGCAGCCUGUGUCUCGAGCUGCUGCAAUGCGUGAGUGGCGCAGUUUGUGAGUUCCCUGGUGCGAGUGGUGGUGCUGGAGUGUGCGAGUGGUGGUGCUGGAGUGUGCGAGUGGUGGUGCUGGAGUGUGCGAGUGGUGGUGCUGGAGUGUGCGAGUGGUGGUGCUGGAGUGUGCGAGUGGUGGUGCUGGAGUGUGCGAGUGGUGGUGCUGCAGUGUGUGAGUGGGGGUGCUGUAGUUCUGCACUCUUUUUCGCCAUGGAGCCGCAAGUUCUAGACGCCUUCUGUGAGAAGCUGCGGCAGCAGCUGUACAUAGAGGGCACGGUCAUCCUCAAGGAGGGCUACCCCUCUGCACUCUUUUUCGCCAUGGAGCCGCAAGUUCUAGACGCCUUCUGUGAGAAGCUGAGGCAGCAGCUGUACAUAGAGGGCACCGUCAUCCUCAAGGAGGGGUACCCCGUGUCGCGCCUAUUCUUCGUGCUGCGCGGCCAGCUCGAGAGCUACACCACCAUCGGGGGGCGCGCAGGCUUUGUGGACAGCGUGCUACUGGGGAAGGGGGACUUCCUGGGGGAGGAGCUUCUAGUCGAGUACCUUGAGAAGCUGUCGGACGGCAACAAGAGCCGGCGCUCAAGCACCCAGAUUCGCUACCUGGGCCGAUCGGUGACGAUGGGUGCGAGUGCAUCAGCGUCAGCAGCAGCGCUGGGCACGUUGGCGAUCGACGUGCUGCCGACAGCGCAGCGCACGGUGCGGUGCAUCGGGCCCGUGGAGGGGUACGAGCUCGAAGCCACCGAUGUGGCUGUGGUGUGCCGGCAGUUCGCCCGCAUGCUCGCCACCAGCAAGAUCCAGGCGGCUCUCAAUGAGUGCUGUCACAACCGGCGCACACACGCUGCCAGAACCAUCCAGCUUGCAUGGAGGCGGCACCUCAGAAAGAAAUACGGCCUCACCAUUCAGCAG